AUGGCGAUCCCAUCAAUGACUGGAGCUACUUUUGAGCAGUCGAGUAUUCAACUCGGACCACGAGCCAUCAGUACUGAGUUAUCAACAUGCGGUUAUCUGAACGGCGAUCCCGACAAAGCCAGAACUGCCGACCCUGGCUGGAAUUGUAGAGUUGAUACUCGGAAUGGGCUUGGCCGUAAUUCAUGGUGCUCUACGGCUAUUCUAACCUUCGGAAUCGAUCAAGAGUAUUCCUACCUUGCCUGCGGGAGGUAUGCUACAGUUGAGAAUUAUCUGGCUAGCCCGACAGCAGUAGCAGAAACAAAAACAACAGCAACGGAACAAACUACAUCACAAGAGCCUACUGCGGUUUCGAGCGAUACGUCUUCAACUACUACCGAAGUAGCUGAACAGACGUCUACUCAAACGACUAGUAGUUCCUCAGAAAAGAAAUCAGAAAACCCAACAAACAACAACCUAGGGCCUAUCAUCGGGGGUGUGAUCGGGGGAUUGGUUGUCGUUAGUUCCACGAUCCUUGGCGCCAUAUUCCUUCUUAGACGUAAUCGAAAGAGGGACGACAAAGCGAACAGCCUAAAAGAGGACGCUGCAAAUAUAUUUGAAGCGAAGCCACCGCAAGAGUUACAAGGCGGUUGGGGGAUUAUUGCAGAGAUGCCGGCAGAACAGAAAGCUCGAGGUCCAGUCGAGCUGGCAGCUUAG